AUGAUAAGUGCCAGCCGGGCCGCAGCAGCUCGUCUCGUCGGCGCCGCGGUCUCCCGGGGCCCCACAGCCGCCCGCCACAAGGAUGGCUGGAAUGGCCUUAGUCAUGAGGCUUUUAGAAUUGUUUCAAGGCGGGACUAUGCAUCAGAAGCAAUCAAGGGAGCAGUUGUUGGUAUUGAUUUGGGCACUACCAACUCUUGUGUGGCAGUUAUGGAAGGUAAACAAGCAAAGGUGCUAGAGAAUGCUGAAGGUGCCAGAACCACCCCUUCAGUUGUGGCCUUUACAGCAGAUGGUGAGCGACUUGUUGGCAUGCCAGCCAAGCGACAGGCUGUCACCAACCCAAACAACACAUUCUAUGCCACCAAGCGUCUCAUUGGCCGGCGAUAUGAUGACCCUGAAGUACAGAAAGACAUUAAAAAUGUGCCCUUUAAAAUUGUCCGUGCCUCCAAUGGAGAUGCCUGGGUCGAAGCUCACGGAAAACUCUAUUCUCCAAGUCAGAUUGGAGCAUUUGUGUUGAUGAAAAUGAAAGAGACUGCAGAAAAUUACUUGGGGCAUACAGCAAAAAAUGCUGUGAUCACAGUUCCAGCUUAUUUCAAUGACUCCCAGAGACAGGCCACUAAAGAUGCUGGCCAGAUAUCUGGACUAAACGUGCUUCGGGUAAUAAAUGAACCUACAGCUGCUGCUCUGGCUUAUGGUCUAGACAAAUCAGAAGAUAAAAUAAUUGCUGUAUAUGAUUUAGGUGGUGGAACUUUUGAUAUUUCUAUCCUGGAAAUUCAGAAAGGAGUGUUUGAGGUGAAGUCUACCAAUGGAGACACGUUCUUAGGUGGUGAAGACUUUGACCAGGCCUUGCUACGACACAUUGUGAGGGAGUUCAAGAGAGAGACGGGGGUUGAUUUGACCAAAGACAACAUGGCACUUCAGAGGGUUCGGGAAGCUGCUGAGAAGGCUAAGUGUGAACUCUCCUCAUCUGUGCAGACCGACAUCAAUUUGCCAUAUCUUACGAUGGAUGCUUCUGGACCCAAGCAUUUGAAUAUGAAGCUGACCCGGGCUCAAUUUGAAGGGAUUGUUACAGAUCUAAUCAAGAGGACAAUUGCCCCAUGUCAAAAAGCCAUGCAAGAUGCAGAAGUCAGCAAGAGUGACAUAGGAGAAGUGAUUCUUGUUGGUGGCAUGACUAGGAUGCCCAAGGUUCAGCAGACUGUACAAGAUCUCUUUGGCCGAGCCCCAAGCAAAGCAGUCAAUCCUGAUGAGGCUGUGGCCAUUGGAGCUGCCAUUCAGGGAGGUGUGUUAGCUGGUGAUGUCACAGAUGUGCUGCUCCUGGAUGUCACUCCCCUGUCUCUGGGUAUUGAGACUCUGGGAGGUGUUUUUACCAAACUUAUCAACAGAAACACCACUAUUCCAACCAAGAAAAGCCAGGUGUUUUCUACAGCUGCUGAUGGUCAGACUCAAGUGGAGAUUAAAGUGUGUCAGGGUGAGAGAGAGAUGGCUGGAGACAACAAACUUCUUGGACAGUUUACUUUGAUUGGAAUUCCCCCAGCCCCUCGUGGAGUCCCUCAGAUUGAAGUUACAUUUGACAUUGAUGCCAAUGGGAUUGUACAUGUUUCAGCCAAAGAUAAGGGCACAGGACGUGAGCAGCAGAUUGUGAUCCAGUCUUCCGGUGGGUUAAGCAAAGAUGAUAUUGAAAAUAUGGUUAAAAAUGCAGAAAAGUAUGCUGAGGAAGACCGACGAAAGAAGGAACGAGUUGAAGCAGUUAAUAUGGCUGAAGGAAUCAUUCAUGACACAGAAACAAAAAUGGAAGAAUUCAAGGACCAGUUGCCUGCUGAUGAAUGCAACAAGCUAAAAGAAGAGAUUUCCAAAAUGAGGGAACUUCUGGCUCGAAAAGACAGUGAAACGGGAGAAAACAUAAGGCAGGCAGCAUCUUCCCUUCAGCAAGCAUCACUGAAGCUUUUCGAAAUGGCAUACAAAAAGAUGGCAUCUGAGCGAGAAGGCUCUGGAAGUUCUGGCACUGGGGAACAAAAGGAAGAUCAAAAGGAGGAGAAACAGUAAUACCAAUAAACUUUGGAGUCAAAUUAUGACGCUUGGGAGUGAAGAAACUUCCUGAGCAGAAAUGGGCAAAUUUCAGUCUUUUACUGUGUUUUUGCAGUAUUCUAUAUAUAAUUUCCUUAAUAUGUAAAUUCAGCAACCAUUAGCUAAUGAUCAUUUAAUGAGAAUUCCAA